GACAGAAACGUCCUUCAUCUGACUUUGAAAAUUUUCUCGCCUAGGUCUACGCUCAAUAUUUCUCAGUUAUCACAGUCGAUUCCUUGCUGGCAAGCCGAUAGUGAAUAAACAAAGAGUUAACCAUGUCGAAGAUUGGUAUCAACGGAUUUGGACGCAUCGGUCGCCUGGUGCUGCGUGCCGCCAUCGAUAAGGGCGCCUCCGUGGUGGCUGUGAACGAUCCCUUCAUCGAUGUCAGCUACAUGGUGUACCUCUUCAAGUUCGACUCCACCCAUGGACGUUUUAAGGGCACCGUGUCCGCCGAGGGCGGCUUCCUGGUCGUCAAUGGCCAGAAGAUCACCGUCUUCAGCGAGCGCGACCCGGCCAACAUCAACUGGGCCAGCGCUGGUGCCGAAUACGUUGUGGAGUCCACUGGCGUUUUCACCACCAUCGACAAGGCAUCCACUCACUUGAAGGGCGGUGCCAAGAAGGUCAUCAUCUCGGCCCCAUCUGCCGACGCACCCAUGUUCGUCUGCGGUGUCAAUUUGGAGGCCUACAGCCCGGACAUGAAGGUGGUUUCGAACGCCUCGUGCACCACCAACUGCCUGGCUCCCCUGGCCAAGGUCAUCAACGAUAACUUCGAGAUUGUGGAGGGUCUGAUGACCACCGUCCAUGCCACCACCGCUACCCAGAAGACCGUGGAUGGUCCCUCUGGAAAACUGUGGCGUGACGGUCGUGGCGCUGCCCAGAACAUCAUCCCAGCUUCCACUGGCGCCGCCAAGGCCGUUGGCAAGGUUAUCCCGGCUCUCAACGGCAAGCUGACUGGCAUGGCUUUCCGUGUGCCCACUCCCAAUGUGUCCGUCGUCGACUUGACUGUCCGUCUGGGCAAGGGAGCUAGCUACGAUGAGAUCAAGGCCAAGGUUCAGGAGGCUGCCAACGGACCUCUGAAGGGAAUUCUCGGCUACACCGACGAGGAGGUCGUCUCUACCGAUUUCCUCAGCGACACCCACUCGUCUGUCUUUGACGCCAAGGCUGGCAUUUCUCUUAACGACAAGUUCGUUAAAUUGAUCUCUUGGUACGACAACGAGUUUGGAUAUUCCAACCGCGUCAUCGAUCUGAUCAAGUAUAUGCAAUCCAAGGAUUAAAUAAUUGAUUAACCACCCGCACAUAUUGAAGUUAGUAGCGCGGUAAAUUAAGCGAGACAUCAGAAAUAUCCAGAAAUGGCAUCACAUAAUGCUUGUGCUCCCCGGUGGAGCAUCACUAUCCGCAAUUAAAUAUGCUUCUGUUUUUGCUCUUCAAUUUGCCAGCUAUAUUGGAAAAAUUUGAAUACAUACCUCCAUAUAUGCAUAAAUAUGUUAACUGUUGUUGAAUAAAAUUUCACUCUGUGUGUAGUUGUAAAAGUAUCCAUGAUUACGCAUUUAAAUACAA